CUCAGUGGCCGAUCGACUGUCGAACUGCGCGGUCCGGUAAUUUUUUUUCCGAAUAAUUCCAAUUAAAAAAAAAAACCACCCGAACAUAUCAAGAGGAAUUAUUCACAAACUAUCAUUGAGAGAAUCGAAUAAUACCGAUCGGCGAUUGCCCCAUGAAAAUCCAAUAAUCAAUUUCAAUUGGUGCACUAGUGGAAACGUCGAUGGCGUAAUCGAAUUUACCCCCUGGAUUGUUUAUCAGAACAUUUUUUAAGUGUAAAGAGGAGACGUUGGGGUUAAGAGCCCCAGGGGAUCGAUAAUUUUGGUGACAGAGUUUGAGGUGAUAGAGACUUGAUCGAGUGGUUAAAUUGUUUGUAAUUUUUCACUAUGUCCGGAAUUCCGCAUAUGUCCGGAGGGCUCUCCAAACUCAAGAAGAAGCACUUUCGUGUCAAGCACCAAAAGGUCAAGCUUUUUCGUGCCAAUGAGCCACUCCUCAGUGUUUUCAUGUGGGGAGUUAAUCACACGAUUAAUGAACUGAGCCAUGUGAAUAUUCCUGUGAUGCUUCUACCCGAUGAUUUCAGGGCUUACAGCAAACUCAAAGUUGAUAAUCACCUCUUCAACAAGGAAAACAUGCCAUCACACUUUAAAAUAAAGGAAUACUGUCCUCUAGUGUUUCGAAAUUUGCGCGAGAGAUUUGGAAUCGAUGAUUUGGACUACAAGGAAUCGAUGACAAGAUGUCGUGCAUUUAAUCCUUCGCGUCUCAAGCGACGUUCAAGAAUAACUGAUAAACGAGAAUUGUCCACAACCAACGAGGUAUCCAUCAAACAACGACAAAUGGUACAACGUUCUGCCACUGUUCCUACGAUAAAUGUAACAACACCGGGAAAUAAUGCGUCUAAAUUACUGAAUAUAAAUAAGCCACAUCGUACCUACAGUUUUAAACCAAAACGCCUGAGGUCACAGCCAACGCUGGAUGAUUCGUCGGGGAAAAGUGGAGCCAAGUUCUAUCAGUCUUAUGACAAAUUAUUUAUUAUAAAGACAAUGACGAGUGAGGAGGUGGAGAGAAUGCACUCGUUCCUCAAACAUUACCAUCCAUACAUAGUGGAGAGGCAUGGAAAAACCCUUCUACCCCAAUACCUGGGAAUGUAUCGACUAACAGUGGAUGGAGUUGAGCACUAUGUAGUGGCUAUUCGAAAUGUAUUCUCAAAUCACUUGACGACGCACAAGAAAUUCGACCUGAAGGGUUCAACAGUGGAUCGAGAGGCCUCAGACAAGGAAAAAGAGAAGGAUCUUCCCACGUACAAAGACAACGAUUUUGUCAAGGAUGGAAUGAAGAUUUACAUCGGUGAGGAGGCGAAAUCGAAGCUCAUAGAGACCCUAACAGCAGACGUGGAUUUUCUGACGAGGCUUCACCUGAUGGAUUAUUCACUUCUCCUUGGGCUUCACGAUUGCGCGAGGGCAGAGCAAGAGAACAGGGAAAGGGCUGAGAGGGAGGAGGACGAAGAGAAUCACGAUGACGAGGAUGACAGUGAGUCUGGCAGUGGAUUGGACUCGAGGGGGCCUGUUGACAGACUCUGGGGAUGGUCCGGGGUCACUGGAAUGACAACACCUCCAGAGUCACCCCAUGCUGCCCUCAUGAGGGAUGCUAGUCUCCAGUAUGAUGAUGCCAUCAUUCCAGAGCUCGAUAUUUACGCUAUUCCCAGCAAGGAAGGUGCACCCAAUAAAGAGAUAUACUUUCUCGCGAUUAUUGAUGUUCUAACGCAUUAUGGAGUGAGAAAGCAAGCUGCUAAGGCAGCGAAAACUGUUAAAUACGGGGCUAAUGUCGAUGGAAUUUCCACCUGUGAUCCUGAACAGUAUGGGAAGAGGUUCAUCGAGUUCAUGAGUAAAGCUAUCGAGUAAGGGAGACCGAGGGGAUGUCUUGCGUGAGAGUGAUGAGUCGGUGUUUUGCCAUUUAAUCACUGAAUUAAUGAUUGGUCGAGGUGUUAUCAUUGGCCAUCAAAUGCUUAUCUCAUGUUCUCACUGAUAACCACGAGUUUCUUCACAUUCACACGAGGAACGAAUAACAAUUUCCGUAUUUGCUCUUGUGAUUAAUGUUCUUUUUUAGCUUUGAGUGUUAAACACUUGGUGGAAAGGGAAUAAAUUGAUGAUUGGUGUGAGAGAAUUGUUUGAGAGCCGAAAAGACAAAGAGAUUUUGGAACAAAUCAAUGAUACAGUAAGAAUUAAUGUUAUGACCUUUGAAAUUAUUGAGAAAAAAAAAGAAACUAUUAAUCAUAGCUAUUAUCGAUAAUCAUUUUUUUAUAAUUCAUGAGAAGUAAAAUCGAUAAAUGCCCCAACUUAAUAUAAAAUUUAUUUUUUAAAGAGUUAAUGUGAAAACACUAUCUAGUCCUCAAUUUUUAUUUCGCGUCUAAUUAAUUCUUCUUGCAGUUCUUAUUUUUUUUUUUCUAUUGUUCUCUUCGAAAUUGUUAUCAUCCGGAGAAUUCAAGGACAACAUUUGGUUGUGUGUUUAAAACACAGAAAAAUAAUUGAUAAAAUAUUCAGAUGUAAGGAAAAAUGCGAAAAUACGCUCAAUCGUUUCUAUUUUGCGUCCUAGAGUUAAGAAAUUGAAUUAAGAAAUUUUAUCAUUUUUGUUUUUCUAACGUCCACCUUUUUUGUACGAAAAACUUUAUUCACUCUUUGCUUAUCCAUAUCAACGGUUGCGAGUCCUAUUAUUUUUGCUGUUAAAAAGAGAGAUGAAAAUAUCAACAACUGUCUUUUUAUUUUUCACCUAUUUACACGAAGUAAUGAAAAAAAUUUCAAUUGAAAUGAUAUACUCCACUAAAGGACUACUUCAGCGACAAUACGACCCCUCAAUUUUUCACGAUAACCACGGAGACACAGUUGAAACAAAACCAAAUCGAAAGAUUUCUUUCAAUAAACUAAAAAUUCGAAAAAUGUCGUAAGAUAAAUAAAUUGUUGUAUAUAUAUUCAGUAUUCAGUCGUUAAUAUUCCGGCUCGACUGCCCAGGAAUUCUAGUAAUUAACGAAUAAAAAAACUGAAAGAAGACAUGAAGAUAAUAAAGGAAAUUACGAAUUAAA